AUGAGAAAUCACACAGCAGUAACAACUUUCAUCUUGUUAGGACUUACAGAUGACCCACAGCUGCAAAUUCUGGUUUUCAUCUUUUCAUUUUUAACAUAUAUUCUGAGUGUAACUGGAAACCUGACGAUUAUCACUCUUACCCUCACGGAUUCCCACCUUAAAACACCUAUGUAUUUUUUUCUUCGAAAUUUCUCCUUCUUAGAAAUCUCAUUCACAACGGUGUGUAUUCUCAGAUUCCUAUAUAGUAUAUCAACUGGAGAUAACGCGAUUACUUACAAUGCUUGUGCAAGUCAAAUAUUUUUCUUUGGACUCUUCGGGGCCACAGAGUGUUUCCUCCUGGCUGCCAUGUCUUACGACCGCUAUGUGGCCAUCUGCAAACCCCUUCAUUACACGACCAUCAUGAAUAACAGAGUCUGUGCCAUCCUUGUCCUCUGCUGCUGGAUCUCCGGGUUGAUGAUCAUCGUCACACCACUUGGUAUGGGCUUCCAGCUGGAAUUCUGUGACUCCAAUGCCAUUGAUCAUUUUGGCUGUGAUGCAGCUCCUCUUUUUAAGAUCUCAUGCUCAGACACAUGGUUCAUAGAACAAAUGGUGAUAAUUUGUGCAGUGUUGACAUUCAUUAUCACACUGGUAGGUGUGGUUCUUUCCUACAUAUAUAUCAUCAAGACAAUUCUAAAAUUCCCUUCCGCUCAGCAAAGAAAAGAAGCUUUUUCCACAUGUUCUUCUCACAUGAUUGUUGUUUCCAUCACCUAUGGUAGCUGUAUAUUCAUCUAUAUCAAACCUUCAGCCAAAGAGGAGGUGAACAUUAAUAAAGGGGUAUCUGUGCUCACUACCUCUGUUGCUCCUUUGUUGAAUCCCUUCAUUUAUACCUUGAGAAAUAAGCAGGUGAAACAAGCUUUCAAUGAUAUGAUUAAAAAAAUUGCAUUCAUCUUGCACAGGUAA